AUGCAUCAGUAUUCACAGCCGAAGCAACAGCAAUUCUUUACGCUUGUCAAGUCGCAGAAAAAAGACCCGAUAAGAACAACGCCGAGAGUUGACGGACGUAAGGACGGCAAUGGCUCCAAAGACCCUAUAUUUGGACCGGCGCAUCGGACAGUAGCAGGCACUACGCAACAGAAGGAAAGUCUGGGGCAGGUGGGAUCCGAGGUUGCUUCGGCACCCAAAGAUGAUAUACCACAGGCCUCGACGAGUACUGGACUGACGACCGGGCAGUCUAGGAAAUUCGGGGACGUCAGAAAGGCCACAGGUUUGAGUGGCGCAGGAGCCAAAUGGUACCUGCGUUACGUAAACAAAGGCUUAACGUCUGAAGAGGCCAAGAAGAAAGUACUGGACCGGGAGAAGUCCAGUGACAGCACUGGCGUGGUUGCGAAAGCUAGUCCUCCGGAGGGGAAUCCGGAGAAAAAGGCACCCCUAGAUCGGGAAAAGCCCGGUGACAGUAAACGGGUGGCUGCGGAGCUUAGUCCUCCCGAAGGAAAGCCGGAGAAGAAGAAGAGCCGUCUUGAAACAGUGGCUCCAAAACCUAAGGCAGGGGCUAGGAAGCCGGGUGUUAGCUAUGCUAGCGCCACUAAGCGCAUUAGACUGGCAGUUCUGCCGAAGGCUUUCCCUGAGAGUACACUCACUCGUGAGGAUCAGGGAAAGAUUGAGGAUGCCAUUGUGGAGGAGAUGGGUAAGGGUUGGAGGUCAAUACUCCAAUUCGACGGCAUCCACUUUCGGCCAGGCCUUAUACUGGUCGACUGUUUGGAUGCAGAAUCAGCCGAAUGGUUGCGCGAAAUUGUCCCAAAACUGCCUGACUGGGAUGGUGCGGAACUGACUACGUGCGAUGGGGACAACAUACCCAGGGUGCACGUAAUCACUACGUACCUACCAAAAGCUGCAGGAGUGGACACGCAGAAACUGCUGUGCCUCAUUAUAGCACAAAAUGAGGGAAUGCAUACCGACCUAUGGAAGGUUUAUAGGAGCAAUGAUGAGAAGACGGGCAAACUGCUAACGAUCGGGAUUGACGACCGGUUUGGUAGUGUUCCAGUGCAUGUGGACAAGGGCAGGGAACCGAAGGCGAAGAUAGUCAAGCCAGAUACUCCACCGGGUGGUUCGGAAUUACCGAAGGAGGUGGCUGAGAUGGUAGCCGUGGAAGCAGCUAGGAGCGCGGUAGUAGAGGAAGUCAGUCUUUUACCUCAUGAGAUGGAGGGUAUAGACGCCUUCGACCUCGGGAUACUGACCAUUUGUGCUGACGACGACUCGGAGAGAGCCACCUUGUCAGAGUUUGACGAAACUCUGACAACGGACGAAGACGAUGAACGCCAAUAA